AUUUGUUCUCUUGUUGAAUUGAACCGCAAAAAAACCGUCAUUAUUCUCACAUCAUCUUCAUAAAUCCUCCAAUAACUACCGCAUUUUUCCCCAAUUGAUGCGACAUUCAAACUAAUUCAUGGACAGACAAACCCUAGCUUCAUCUUCAUCUUCAUCUUCUUCUUCAAUUCCGCAAAUUCCUUCCCCAGAUGCUUGGAUCACUACUUACAAAACACUUCUCCCUAAAUGGAAUUCCUUUCCUCUCGCUCACCAGAUGAUUCCAAUUUCAAUAUCCCGAGUAAAUCAAUUUGAUGCUGCAAGACUGGAUGUUGAAAUGUCUGCCAUGUUGAAAGAGCAGUUGGUGAAAGUAUUCUCUUUGAUGAAGCCAGGGAUUCUAUUUCAAUAUGAACCAGAGCUUGAUGCAUUCCUUGAGUUUCUAAUCUGGCGCUUCUCAAUAUGGGUAGACAAGCCGACUCCAGGAAAUGCGCUCAUGAACCUGAGAUAUAGGGAUGAACGUGUUAUGGAAGCGAGAGGAAAAGUGAGAACAGGCUUGGAAGGUCCUGGGCUUACGCCUGCUCAAAAGUUAUGGUACUGUAUUGCUACAGUAGGGGGUCAGUACAUCUGGACACGUUUGCAGUCUUUUUCUGCUUUCCGUAGAUGGGGAGACUCUGAGCAAAGGACAUUGGGACAACGGGCAUGGCUUUUGUUGCAGCAUGUAGAAGGAAUCUAUAAGGCUGCAUCAUUUGGCAACCUGCUUAUAUUUCUCUUAACUGGAAAAUAUAGGAGUUUGAUUGAGAGAUCUCUCAGAGCUAGGCUUGUGUAUGGAAGCCCCAACAUGAAUCGCGCUGUCAGCUUUGAGUACAUGAAUCGGCAGUUAGUGUGGAAUGAGUUCUCGGAAAUGCUAUUGUUACUUCUUCCUCUUCUGAACUCUGCAUCAUUGAAAAAUUUAUUUCGUCCGUUCUCCAAGGACAAAUCUUCAGAUUCUGCUACUGAUGAAAUUGCCUGCCCCAUUUGCCAAGGUAGCCCAAGCAUUCCAUUUCUUGCUUUACCUUGUAGACACAGAUACUGUUAUUACUGCCUUAGAACACGGUGUGCUGCUUCUCCAUCUUUCAGAUGUACGCGAUGCAGCCAGCCAGUUACAGCCAUGCAACGACUAGGUGGCUCUGUGGAUGAGAACUCUGCUAAAAAAUGAUGUGCUCAUUGAAAGGAAUUCAAAUUCAAAAUACGGGGCAUUAUUAAAAUUGCGUUCCAGAAACCGAUACCAUACACAGGAAGGCAAGUUUUUCUGUGGAUACACUCAAAUUAUAUACUAUCUCAUUCUUUGGCAACGUUUCACAUCUUAUUCUUGGUACCUUGAUUGAAUUUCCACUCUUGUAUAAUACGGAGUAUGGAGUAACAUUUACAGAUAUUUUUGUCUGAUUUUAAGAGGCAAAAAUAUGUCCUUUGUCGUCCAAUAAUGCAAAAGGUCUUCAAUGUGGGGGCAGGGAAGUUUAAGCCAAAAUUGAAGUUAGUGUAUUGUCUUUCAAUGUCUUCACAAGCUGCUGGUUUACAGGCUAAUAUAAUUAUGUAAAGGCGAAUAUGAUUAUUUUUAUUGACUGCUGUUGAUUUUCAUGUACGAUUUUUUGACUUGGUUAUGUCUGAUUGCGAUUGCGAUUAGGUUGAGGAAUUAAUAUUGAUUGCCUUUACUUAAUUGUUACGUUGUACAUGAUUAUACUCCGGGUCAAUUAGCUGGGAUUGUUUUUCCUUGGUGAUCCAA